GCCUUUCAUUUCGCCUGAGAGGGGGGUUCAAAUGUCGGAGUCUGCGGAGAGACGUCACUUCUGAGGAUGGCUGGGCCAAAAGGCUCAAGCAAGUGUGUCUUUAAGCGCGCGCGCCGCGCAUGUGUGUGUGUGUGUGUGUGUGUGUGUGUGUGUGUGUGUGGUUGCCCUGCACCGGUUGAUAGGAGGGGUUGGAGUGAGUGACGCUGGCUGCGCCUCGGAGCUGAGUGGAGCGCUCACCUGCGGAUGAGAGCCGGGGAAAAAACACACACACACACACACACAAAAAAAAAAAAAAAAAAACUCGGGCAGAGCUGCAGCACACCCACGGAGAGCAGGGAGGGACGCGAGCGACGCUCUCCCCCAACUAAAGUGGAGCUUGAACAGAACAGCCAGGGACUGGAGCGAUCCUCUCUUUCUAUCUGCUUCUGCCCCCCUCAACACUCCUCCUUUGCACUCGCAACAAUGAGAAGUGACUUCGCUGUGGUCCUGACUGCUGCUUUUCUUCUCGAUUCAUUCUGGAGGAAUAAUGGGGAGCCUGCCUCCACUGCUCCCUGUCGACCCGGCUUCUCACAGAGCUUUUAUUCUGUGCUGAUUUCAAGGGAUGUACUGCACGGACAGGGCAUACUUAAAGGUGCAACGUUAGCAUCACAAACAGUGAAGUUUGACGACUGCGUGGGGAACCAAGCUGUGGUUUUCCAGAGCAGCGACCCCGUCUUCGGCGUGCGGACAGAUGGGUCCGUCUAUGCCCGGGAGGAAGGAGCCAGACUGGAUGAGCCGGUCCGGUUCAAACUGACAGCAAGCGGCCCACACACACACGCCUGGGAGGCGGUGGUUCAACUCUCGCUGACCAGCUCGCCAUCCGCCCAGCAAAAUGAAGAUGAGGUCACAGAGAAAGGAAGGAAAGUCACAGAGCAGGAGGAAAAGAAGGAGACAGCGCACGCACCACCACCUGUCAUCCUGUUCUCAGGGUCCGGCCUCAACAGCACAAAAGGUCUAAGGAGGCAGAAGAGGGAUUGGGUAAUCCCACCAAUCAACGUGGCAGAAAACUCCCGAGGGCCGUUUCCCCAAAUGCUCGUCAGCAUCCGCUCAGACCAGGACCAAGACAUUUCAAUCCGGUACAGCAUCACCGGCGUGGGAGCGGAUCAGCCACCCAACGAAGUGUUCAGUAUUGAUCCUGAGCUUGGGAAGAUGUUUGUCACAAAACCUCUGGAUCGUGAACAUCGAUCCUCUUAUCACCUGCGAGCUCAUGCAGUCGACAUGAACGGGAACCAGGUUGAGAACCCCAUCGAUCUCUACAUCUUCGUCAUUGACAUGAAUGACAACAGACCAGAGUUUAAAAACCAGGUGUACAAUGGCUCUGUGGAUGAAGGUUCUAGGCCAGGUACAUAUGUGAUGCACUUGUCGGCAUUUGACGCGGACGACAACACCACGGCUAAUGGAAUGGUGCGCUACCGGAUCUUGUCCCAAACUCCGCACAGCCCUAUUCCCAAUAUGUUCACCAUCAACAGUGAGACUGGGGACAUUGUGACGGUGGCUCCUGGACUUGAUCGUGAGAAAGUGUCCCAGUAUACUAUUAUCGUACAAGCGACGGACAUGGAGGGAAAUCUGAACUUUGGACUAUCCAACACAGCCACCGCCAUCAUCACUGUUACGGACAUCAAUGACAACCCUCCCAUGCUGACCUCCAGGACUUUUUCUGGUGAGGUCCCAGAGAACAGAGUGGAUCUCGUGGUGGCCAAUUUGACAGUGAUAGAUGCAGACCAACCACACUCGCCUAACUGGAACGCCGUCUACAGGAUCAUAAGCGGAGAUCCAUCAGGGCACUUCACCAUCCGCACAGAUCCUAUUUCCAAUGAUGGCAUGGUCACUGUGGUGAAGCCAGUCGACUUUGAGAUGAACCGUGCCUUCAUGUUGACGGUGGUGGUGUCCAACCAGGCCCAUCUUGCCAGUGGGAUCCAGUCUUCACUGCAGUCGACCGCUGGAGUAACUAUAUCCGUCCAGGACGUCAAUGAACCUCCAUACUUCCCCACAAACCCAAAACACAUCCGGUUCGAGGAAGGUGUUCCUGCCGGGACCAGCCUGACGACGUUCUCAGCCUCAGAUCCUGAUCGUCUGCAGAUGCAGCAGAUAAUAAGAUAUUUAAAACUUAGCGACCCCGCAGACUGGCUGUCCAUCAACGGAACCAAUGGUCAAAUCAUAACAACUGCAAUUCUUGACCGGGAGUCCAUCUACGUGAAAAACAAUAUAUACGAGGCCACAUUCUUGGCCAUUGACAAUGGCUCUCCUGAAGCCAGCGGCACAGGCACUCUGCAGAUCUCUCUGAUAGAUAUUAAUGACAACCCCCCAGCACUCGUUCCCAGGGAGUCUCAGAUCUGCGAGAGGAUGAACAAGAAUGUCAACGGUGUCAACAUCACCGCCGCAGAUGCUGACACAGACCCAAACGCCGGACCUUUUGUCUUUGAGCUGCCCAACUACCCCACCAGCAUCCGACGCAACUGGACCAUUUCACGGAUAAGUGGUGAUUAUGCGCGUCUGGCUCUGAGAUACCAAGUCUAUUUAAAGCCAGGAAUGUACGAGGUACCCAUAGUCGUGUCCGACUCGGGUAACCCCCCCUUGUCUAACCGCUCAGUCAUCAAAGUGAAGGUUUGUCCGUGCGAUGAACACGGAGACUGCACCACUCUGGGAGCCGUGGUCGCCGCUGGUCUGGGAACCGGAGCCAUCAUCUCCAUCCUCAUCUGCAUCAUCAUACUGCUCUGUAUGGUGCUGCUGUUUGUGGUGUGGAUCAAGCGCAGAGAGAAGGAAAGGCAGACGAAGCAGCUGCUCAUCGACCCCGAAGACGACGUGAGGGACAACAUCCUCAAAUACGACGAGGAGGGAGGAGGAGAGGAAGAUCAGGACUACGACUUGAGCCAGCUGCAGCAGCCUGACUCCUUAGACCACAUCAUCAGCAAGCCGCCAGGUGUCCGCCGAGUGGAUGAGCGUCCCAUCAUCCCUGAAUCACAGUACCCCAUCAGACCUGUCGUGCCCCACCCUGGAGACAUCGGGGACUUCAUCCACGAGGGUCUGAGGGCAGCAGACAACGACCCCACAGCGCCCCCCUAUGACUCCCUGCUGGUGUUUGACUACGAGGGCAGUGGCUCCACAGCUGGCUCCGUCAGCUCCCUCAACUCAUCCAGCACGGGGGACCAGGACUAUGACUACCUCAACGACUGGGGCCCCCGUUUCAAGAAGCUGGCUGACAUGUACGGAGGCGGGGCCGACGAUUAAACAAACACGCACCCUCGUCCCGUCAGCUGGCCUGCCAUGUUCCUAUGACAUCCCAAACAGACAAUGUUUGCAUCGACCGACCAAUCAGAACACCCCCCACCACCACCACCACCACCACACAUGACCGGUGCAGCCAAAUCCGUCCUGCUCUGAGCCUGUCGACAUCUCCACUGACGGCUCUCAUUCACGGGUUUCUCAGUGUGCAUUCUCCAUCUUCUGUGCUUUUGUUUCCUUGUAGUCCGCUGUUGGAUGUAAACUUAAGUACCUAAAAUGUUUGCUUUUCCUUCAGUUACUUCAAAAAUGUCUCGUUCUCUGUUGCUUUAUUUUUUUUUUCUUUUCAAAUCAUUUCCUUAUUUGCCCCCUCGCUCCCAGCUCUCUUUUGCCACUCCAAAGAAGCUUUGCAUCUGAGCAGCUUGAUUUGAGGCAAACAAAAGGGGAAUAAAGAAGAACACUAACAUGAAAGUCCUCCCUGCAUGGAGAGGCUUAGAUUUUUUUUUUUCUUAACUUCAAUUACUUCGAACAGAAGCACUGUUGUUUAAAAAAGUGCCUUCAGUGGUGCGUAUCCUAGCAGACUUCCCGCUAUCUCAGGAUUGGUUGCUUUUUUUUUCUGGGCUUGCAUUCCCUCACAGAACCCCUGACCCUUUAAAUUCUCCCUUUUGGUUUCUCCAGUCCUGCUGGGCUGUGGUAGCUGUGCGGAAUGACAGUGCUGGUUUGAUAGGGGCGGUAACAUGUAAACAGACGGUACACAGGCCUUUAGUUUAUAGACAAAUCAUCAAGUUUUCAUAUCUGUGCUUCUAAAUUAGACUUGAUUGCUGUGAUCACAGCUAAACACGAGGCUGUCUGACAGAAGAAAUGAAUUCUGAGACUUUGUUUUUUGUGGCUUCAGUAGCAGCUGUGUUUGUUUGGAGUUUUGUGUUUGCACCUAAACUUCGAGAAAGACUUGUCACUGAAUUGGAAGAUUGACAAGUCACACGUGUUCCCUCUGAAGCGUUCAUUAUGAGUCCUGCGGGGUUUGUGUUACUCCGUUUCCCCUAAAAGAUAAAAUAAACACUCCAGAAUCGUAGGAAACCAAAUACCUAUAAAUUAAGAAAAGGAGGGCUGGUUUCAUUGCUUCACUCAGAGUCACAUUCUCUUUUUAAUUCACUCCUUUGUUGACUCAAGUUUGCUCGACAACAAACUUUCAGUAAAUGAGAUGUCCUCGGCUCUGCCACAGAGGGGGGAACUGAUCGUCAGCCAGGAUCCUGGCGCUGCCAGAAAGUUUUUGAUUGAUCUGAAGGGAAAAGGUUUUUUUUUUUUUUUUUGCAUUAAGUUUAAGAGUAUUUGAAGGUAAAGUUACAGGAGCAGGGAAUCUAUGUACAGAUCUUUGAUGCAAAACAUGCAAAAAAAAAAGUUGUAGUUUGUAGGCUUUUUGCUUGACAGGCGUUUUAAAAGAGCGUUUGGUUCAGACUUGCUACAAAGGAGACUUACUUAUGAUGUCUGUCAUGGAGGGAAUCUAUAGGAACUUUAGUCUGCUUGGUUAAAGAGCUUAUCACCAAGGACCAAUAGAGGCUCCUGAAUGAACAGAAAAUCUUAUUUUAGACUAUAUUCACAUCAAUUGAAUUUCAAUAUGACGAUCUAGAGAAGCCCAAGUGCAUUCCGUUUUUUUCAGUAGUGAUGUGAAAAUACAAUAUCUCCAACAGUGGUUAAUGUUAACAUGACCAAGUCUUAGAAAAAAAA